AUGAGAAAAAACUUAAGAAUAUUUGUCUCACCCAUUGUAUGGGUUAUAUUACUAAUACAACAACAGCUAACAAAAUGUUCCGAUUUCGAGAUAACAUUAUUAAAUGAUGCUUUGAUUAAUAAUAUAAUGCAACCUGCGUUUACAGGUGUGGAAAAUCAUUUAAUUAUUAACGAUAAUUAUAAAUUAAAUAAGAGGAGUAAAAAAAAUAAUCCCGUUCAAGAUGAUAUAUAUUUAUUAACAAAUAUGCUAGCCGAAAUAAUACCUGCUGCUUUUGCACUGUAUUCUUUAGAUUUAACUGAGGAAUCAGAAAAUAAUAAAGAUAAUAUGGCCAACAUAGAUACUAUCAAAAUUAUAGAAGGCAAUAAUAAAAACGAACCCAAUGAUUAUGUACAUUUUCUAAAUUUUUAUGAUUUUGUAAAUUUAUAUGAUAAAGAUAUAAAUAAUACAAUUUCAAAAAGUUUUAAUACAAUAAAACCAAUAAAAGGAUGUGAAGAAGAUAUUAAAAAUAAUAAUUGUAAUAAAGAUAAUGUAUUAAAAUGUAUUACUUUAAAAAAAGAUAAUUUAUCAGAAAGAUGUAAAAAAUCUUUAAAUAAUUCUUUAUUAUAUUCAUGUUCUGAUGGGAUUAUUAAAUAUUGUGAUGAUUUUUCAAAAUUUUCUAAAGUUCAUAAAUGUUUAAAACAAAAUUAUAAUCAUUUAAAUAAUAAUUGUGUAAAUAUAUUAUCAUAUUAUGAAAGUAUAAUGCAAAAAUUACAUAAAAUAAAAAACAAACCCUAUAAUAGUCAAGCCCAUUUCAUUUUAGAAACCCCAAAAGGAAAAGACAGCACACCAAAUAGCAAUGGCACACCACCCCCUACUUCGGAUACCACAAAAUUGAAUAACAAUAAUAAUGAUAAAAAUAAUCAGUAUAAUAUGCUUAAUCAUGAUACAAAUGUUCCCGUAGAAGGGUUUUCUGAAAAGCUUAGAAAAAGAUAUAGAUAUUAUAUACAUCAACCGAUACAUUAUAGUGGUAUAUUAGAUUUGGAUUUCUCAAACUAUGAAUUUAAAUAUUUCUUAUAUUUUUUUGGGGUAUUAUUUUUUUCAUUCUUAUUAUAUAUAUUAGUUAUAUUCAUUAAAAAAUCUUGUAUAACUAGGAAAAAAAACAUAUUUGGUAAGCGUGACAAUUCAAAGUUAAUUUAG